AUGGUUCAUCUCGCCACCGUGAAGAAAGACGACGAGGUCUUCAACCCCGCCGAUCGUCAAAUCGACUCCAUCGUCGCGACGCCUCCUGACGAGAAUGAUUUCUACACCAACGUGUAUGGCAGCCACUUCGCGGCUGACCACCUGCCUCAGCAUGAAAUGCCCGAGCGAGAGAUGCCCCGUCAGGUUGCCGCUCGCCUGAUCAAGGAUGAGCUGAGCCUGGACGGCAACCCCAAGCUCAAAGCUGACCUCUUUCUUCUCUCCCUCGCCAGCUUGGCCAGUUUCGUCACAACCUACAUGGAGGAGGAAAUCGAAGAUAUCAUGACCGACUCCUUCAGCAAGAACUUCAUCGACUACGAGGAGUACCCCCACUCCGCCGAGAUCCAGAACCGCUGCGUGAACAUGAUUGCUCGCCUGUUCAACUGCCCAACUGACCCCCAGGGGGAGAACGCCAUGGGCACCUCCACCAUUGGCUCCUCGGAGGCCAUCAUGCUGGGCACCCUGGCAAUGAAGAAGCGCUGGCAGAACAAGCGCAAGGCCGAGGGCAAGGACUACUCCCGCCCGAACAUCGUCAUGAACAGUGCCGUCCAGGUGUGCUGGGAGAAAGCCGCCCGCUACUUCGAUGUCGAGGAGAAGUAUGUCUACUGCACCGACACCCGCUACGUCAUCGACCCCAAGCAGGCCGUCGACCUGGUCGACGAGAACACCAUCGGUAUCUGCGCCAUCAUCGGCACCACCUACACGGGUGAGUACGAGGAUGUCAAGGCGAUCAACGACCUGCUGGUGGAGCGUGGCAUUGACUGCCCGAUCCACGUUGAUGCUGCUAGCGGUGGCUUUGUGGCUCCCUUCAUCAAGCCCGAGCUUGCCUGGGACUUCCGUCUGGAGAAGGUGAUCUCCAUCAACGUGUCUGGUCACAAAUACGGCCUGGUCUACCCCGGUGUAGGCUGGGUGAUCUGGCGAUCCCCCGAGUACCUGCCACAGGAGCUGGUGUUCAAUAUCAACUACCUGGGUGCUGACCAGGCCAGUUUCACUCUGAACUUCUCCAAGGGCGCCGCCCAGGUCAUCGGCCAGUACUACCAGCUGAUCCGGCUCGGCAAGCAUGGCUACCGGUCGAUCAUGGUCAACCUGACCCGCAUUGCCGACUACAUGUCUGACCAGUUGAAGCAGAUGGGCAUGAUCAUUAUGAGCCAGGGCCAAGGCAAGGGUCUGCCGCUGGUCGCCUUCCGCCUGCCCCCGAACCCCGACCGCGUGUAUGAUGAGUUCGCGGUGGCCCACCAGCUGCGGGAGCGUGGGUGGAUCGUGCCGGCUUACACCAUGGCCCCGCACAGCGAGAAGUUGCAGCUCAUGCGAGUGGUCGUUCGGGAGGACUUUAGCAUGAACCGCUGCGAUAGCCUACUCAUCGACAUCAAGUUGGCGCUGCAGACUCUCGAGUCGAUGGAUCAGGCUAUGAUGGCCAAGUACAAGGCACACAUGCGCAGCCACCGUUCGCACCCCCGCCACAAGCAGCACACACACCAGCACUACAUCGACGAGAAGCACUCGCUGCAGGGUAAGACGGGCAAGUCGCACGGUGUGUGCUAA